AAGGUUGUGACCAGAAUCCAAACGAGAAGAUUGUCUCCGCUCUGGUUCGAUAUAUAGCGACCAAUACCCGCAAAAUCGCCUCCCCACCGCCUCAAUCGAAUCUCGAAAGGCCCAGAGCGUGUCUUUAUCCCAAAGUUGUUUUGGCGGCUUCGCCGCCUAUACGGCCUGGGUUGGAGGAGGGAAGCGAGUGGAGUGGCGGCUUGAAUCUUACCAGGAAGUAUUGCACCGGAACCAGAAGGGAUAACUGAAGUGGAUUUGCGAGGCUGCAGACUCUAGCAAUUACGAUUAUGAUGGAUCCGCAAUUAAUUUUUGCCACUCGAGAUGACCUCUGGCGUGUACACGCUGAGAUCAAUUCCAUUUAUAACGUUCAAGCUGAACAUGCCGAUAGACUGAUGCGCCUGGAACGACGUCAGGAGGAAGAUGCUCGGCUGAAAUCCGUUUGGGGAGCUUCUUCGCCAUUUCCAGGGAUAUUGAGUGGCACGCCUCAGCAGGAGUCAGUGUCUAACCCAGCCGCCGAAGCAUUCAGCAGAUUCAACGAGAGAAACCCCUCGAAUCUGCUAGGCGGCUUACAUCUGGAUAAUGAUGACGAAUCGAGGCGCGUGAUGUCAAGGGCCAAUAGCGUCAGAUUCGACGAAAGUGCGAUGCAGAAUCAAUGGGCCCAAGGAGGACGAUCUUCUGCCGCCGAGCCUUUGUCCUCCCGAUUAAGAAGUGGUCUUGGGACUCUGCCAAUGACGGAGAGGUCGGCUUCUCAUAAAUCUGAUGGACGGCAAAGCUCAGCUGGCUUCUCUGUCCAUUCAGCACAAUCUACCCAUUCAGGUCGCGAAAGCAAUCUCGGCCUUGACGCAGGCUCCGCACUGGGCGCAACGGUCGGUACUCCUCUAGGGACUUCUGGUCCGCCGCCUGGACUCUUUGCUUUGGGGCCUGUUCCAUCCAUCAUUCGAUGCUGGCUGAGCACCGAAUUUUCGCAUGAUUCUCUUCUUUAUGCGGCCGUGUGUACGGGCUCGUACUCUUCGUUGGUCGACCGGCGGUUGGUCAAGCAACUGCAACUUGAAAGCCACAUUCAGCAACACAGUCAUGGUGAGGAGAAAAUUCGAAUGCCGGUCUACCUCCCCGAAGCAAUUGUGCAGCAACCUUCAACCGGCGUCACCAGUCCAGAGCCGCAGGUUCCGACCUUCAUCACCGAGUUUACAAUCGUUGAAAAUCUUGGGCGCUCCGUCGAGUCUGGCGCCAUCCAAGUGAUUCUGGGCAGUGAUUUCCUCCGAUUCCACAAUGCUGACAUUCUUUUUUCCCAAAAUGCUAUCAGCCUCUUCGAUCACGAUCGAAACAAAUUGUCUGUACCAAUGGUUCGACCUGAGGAUGAGUCCACCUUCAAAAGACUGGCGACAGUUAGUUCUCCGAUCACCAGCGGCAUUGAAAUGUCAGACCGAUCAUCUAAGGACGAAUACUUUUCGCAUGGUCGUCGCUCUCGCCUUCAGUCCCCAGUUUCGAGGGUCGCCUCUCCAAAUGAUCCGGUAAAAGGAGAUUGGAGACGCCCCGCGUCUUCUUCAGCUACGAGACCUCCCGCAGAGAUAACUCGAGCAGAGGUUGAUAAGAAAAGUCAAACUGAGGAUAUUGGUGUCAUUGGUGACAGCAAGCGAGCAAAGGUAUCUACGGAUCAGUCCAGGGACGCUGAAAACGCUCCCUUGGAUGAACCAUCCGGAGAACUGAGUGGCUUGCAAGUUAGCCCUGCCAAUGAUACGUGGGGUUCUUGGAGACGUGACCAGGCGCAGGAUACGGGACCGUCGACGGGUAGCUACCAAGCUGUGCCUUCUGGUCGGGGAAUGAAGGUACUCAAGCCUCUCAAGUCUACUGCGGGCGCUCCAUCGAGGUCAUACUCUGGAAGUUUAUCAGCGAUUGCUGGCCCAGAAGGUAGCGAAGCUCGUCGAAGAGUUUUGCAGGCAAGCGAUGUCAAUGCUGUGGAAGACCGCCUCUCACGUGGAAAUUGGCGUUCGAGCUCUGUUGACAUGCGCAAUGCAUCUCAGACACCCUCCACCUCUUCCGCUGGCACUGCCAAGCCCCGAUCUGCUAACCCAAUCGGUGGCGCUACAGCAUUUGGCUGGUUGAAUUCCGGGCAGCGUAAACAGGCUGCAACCGGGGAGUAAAGGCUGGUCCUCAGUUGAGAAAGGAACCUGGCACGUGAGAUAGUAUUCAUAUUGGUCCCAGCUUCCAGAAACAUGCAGGGCUGUCGUCCUUGCACAUGAAAGCUGAGUUGCUGUGUUAAACUGUCUUGAUAUUCAUGUGCCUGCAUUGUAUGUUUAUUGUAAUGACUUGCUCUGACCACAAGCGCUUACUGAAGCACGAGUCAAGAGAUUAAGCAGUUACGCCACGAGCGUGUCUGCUGAAAUGCCAGUAUAUGUAUUUGCACAGCUGUAAUCCAUUGUAA